CGCCAGGAAACGGUAUUCCGUCGCAAACAGGACCUAUUUCGAAACUCACCAUGUCUGCCAACGUGGAUCGACGCCGGAUCCUCGGACCUGAAAGGUCAUUUCCACCGGUCUACGCUCCUGCAGAUGCGACUGCUUCAGGUUCUGGAGCAAAGCUCGUUCAGGACGAGAGUAUGGACGGGAAGAGAGCAAAUGGAGAGAUGAGGCCGUUAUUUAUCAAGACAGGUCUGAUCAGUCAAGCCAACGGUAGCGGAUACAUCGAAUGCGGUGCCGUCAAAAUCGCUUGUGCAGUAUACGGACCCCGGCCGAAACCACCUCCAUAUUCGCCCGAAGGUACUCUCAACCUGGAAGUCAAGUUCGCUCCUUUCGCCUCGCAUCCGAGACGUGCACCCUUGAGGGACACCGAACCGCCCCAUCUCUCUCACCUGCUACACUCACACCUCCUCCCGGCUCUUCAACUUCACACGCUGCCGAAAUCCUCGAUCGACAUCUACAUCUUGGUCCUCCAAUCAGAGUCUCCUAGCAUCGAGUCUGUGCUGGCGAGCGGUCUGACCGUGUGCGCCGCAGCCGUCGCGGACGCUGGGAUCGCCAUGAAUGGUCUCGCCGUCGGAACGGUCACGUCGUUGUCAGGAACCGCCACAGAUUCGGCUACAAGUGCCAAACCCAUCAUUCAGCUCGAUCCGGAUGGUGUCCAGGCUAGGGCGGCCGAUGCGAGGGUGACGGUAGGCUGUCUUCCGGCACUCGACGCACUAUCAGAUGUUUGGGUUACGGGGGAGGUCACGGUCGACAACCUGAUAUCGAUGAUCAACGAGUGUACGCAAGCUAGCCAGUCCGCGCACGCUACCCUGGCUCAAGCGAUCCUAGAAGGAGAACAGAACAAGACGAGUGGGAUGUUGGUCGGUGGUACAUGACGGACCGCCUACAAUAGAAAGUAACGCUUAACAUAUGGACGAGCACUUAUCACGAUUGAAUACAUGUCUUCCCGUUGCACCUGUACUAUGGACUGGCAUGAAAUGGGCACGUCAUCUUGUAUUCAUCACAGCCAGUCUGUCAACCGAGGCCCCAACCUCAUGGCGGUGUUUGCUUCCGCUUACGAUCGAUCGCCGACCUUGUGCAC